AUGUAUCUAGUGAUAUAUGCAGUUGUUGAAGUUGAAAAUGGGGAUAAUCAGAGAUGGUUUUUGGGGUUACUGAAGGAUGAUUUGCAUAGACACAACACUCAGCAUUGGACAUUCAUUUUAGAUAAGCAAAAUGGGUUGACUAAUGCAAUUGAGUCCUUAUUUGAAAAUUCAGAGCACAGGACGUGUGUUAGACAUCUAUAUAACAAUUUUAGCCUCUCUCACAAGGAUUUGACUUUAAAGAAUUGUUUGCGGGAUGUAGUCAGAGCCACUACUGUAUCACAGUGGCUUGAACACAUGCAACGGAUGUUGGACUUGGACCCGGCUGCUUAUGGAUGGCUUGAAGGAAAGCCAGCUUCUCAUUGGAGUAAAUCCCACUUCAGAAAGUGGAAUCAGUGUGACAUGCUUCUCAACAAUUUAUGUGAAUCAUUUAAUAGUACAAUUGUGACUGCAAGAGAGAAGCCGACAUUAACCAUGCUAGAGGAUAUAAGGGUAUAUUUGAUAAGAAGAAUUGUAGGCCGCAGGGAGUCCUGUGAUCGGUGGAUAGCAGCAAUAGGACCUAGAAUUCUGAAGAUUCUCGAGAAAAAUGGAAUUGCAUGUAGCCAUGUGAUUGCCUUCGUUGUAUCUAGAGGUCUGAACAUGAUGGAGUUCGUGGAUGAUAUCUACAAGAAGGUUGCAUAUAUGAGGACAUAUACACCUUCAAUUUCUCCCAUCACAGGUCCGAGCGCAUGGCCAACCCCAUGUUUGAACCCUCUCAAUCCACCAGUCUACACAAAGAGGGCUGGGAAGCCAAAGAAAAAUAGAAGAAAAGAGCCAAAUGAGGUGGCUUCUUCAAUGCGUAGUUAG